CCUUCUUCUUCUCCUCCUUCCUCCUCUCCUCUCCCCAUCAGUCCUUCCUUUUUCUUUUUCAGUUUACCGUCAUGGAGAACGAGUCGGCGAUCUUUCUGGGAUGGGCAGGGCAGCACCCAGAAUACAAUCUGAAACUCUGAGACCUCUCACUCUGCUGCUGGAUUACUACAAAAAAACUACAGUUACACUACAAGAAACUACAAAAACUGUUUACUGUAAGACUUCUUCAUGUACUGUGGAUUCUUCUCGUCCCACCACAACACAGUCGGAAAAUACUUCAUCUACUGCAGAAAGAACUCAUUCUCACUUCUGUGCCUGCCCACGGGAUUACAACAACCCAUCGCUGAGAUCCUGCGUGCCGAGGUCAAACCAACCGGACCCUCGAGAACCUGCCGCCUGAGGCUGCACCAGAACCAAAGACAGAAACGGGCCAAACAAGUAUCGGACUAGCAACGCACUCAGGCUCUGUGGAGUGGAUCAGCCCAGACCAGGCCAGACCAGAAGAGACCAGCAGGAAUCAGUAAAGGCCAUUGGAAAAGUUUGAUGGGACUGCUGACAACUGCCACAUGCCUCUGAGUCCGGCUGCUGACACCAAACAUGAUCGCCCGCGCCAACAGGCGGUUACAAACGGCAACCCCAUUGGCUCUGCUGUCACCAGGGACGACGACGGAGAUGACACGCCCUCCGGAAACAGCAUCGUCGUCCGCAUUGGCAUCCCAGACCUGCAGCAGACGAAGUGUUUGCGGUUGGACCCAGAGUUACCAGUUUGGACCAGUAAGCAGAGGGUUCUGGUGACGUUGACUCAGUCUCUGUCGGAUGUUUUGAACUAUGGUCUCUUCCAGCCGGCGUUCAACGGCCGAGCCGGAAAGUUUCUGGACGAGGAGCGGCUGCUGAAGGAGUAUCCCCUUCCUCCCAUCACGCCCAUCCCAUACCUGGAGUUUCGUUACAAGCGGAGAGUUUACACGCAGAGCUACGUGGACGAUAAACAGCUGGCCAAGCUACACACCAAGGCCAAUCUGAAGCGCUUCAUGGAGCAUGUUCAUCAGAAGAACGUGGAGAAGGUUUCAAAAUGGUUGGAGAAAGGCCUGGACCCCAACUUCCAUGACUCUGACACAGGGGAGUGUCCUCUGACUCUCGCCGUCCAGCUGGAGGAGAGCUGUGAUUUGAUUAAAGUCCUCCGCAGUGGAGGAGCUCACCUGGACUUCAGGACCAGAGAUGGCAUCACGGCUCUGCACCGGGCCGUCCUCUGCAGGAACAGCACCUCCCUCACCACGAUGCUGGACCUCGGAGCGUCUCCGGACUACAAAGACAGCAGAGGACUCACGCCGCUCUAUCACUCUGCCAUGGUGGGCGGCGCCCCCUACUGCUGCGAGCUGCUGCUGCAGGACCACGCAACCAUCGGGAUGACAGAUGAGAACGGCUGGCAGGAAAUCCACCAGGCAUGUCGCUUUGGUAACGUGCAGCACUUGGAACACCUGCUGUUCUACGGGGCGGACAUGAGUUCCCAGAAUGCAUCGGGGAACACGGCGCUGCAUCUCUGUGCUCUGUACAACCAGGACAGCUGUGCCAGAGUGUUGCUGUUCAGAGGAGCAAAUAAAGACAUCAAAAACUACAACAACCAGACUGCCUUUCAGGUGGCGAUCAUCUCUGGGAACUUUGAUCUGGCAGAAAUCAUUAAGAUCCACAAAACAUCUGACGUUGUUCCCUUUAGAGAAACUCCAUCCUACACAAAGCGCCGCCGAACCGGCGUAACCAGGACGACGGCUGGAAACGGUCUGUCUUCUCCACGCUCUCUGAUUCGCUCGGCUAGCGAUAAUGCUCUGGAAAGCCCCGCCUCCUCUCCUGGCCCCUCCCUCCAAAGCCUGGAGACGCAUCACGACACACACACACACUCGCUAAGACGACACACACGUCGCCUCAGCCCUAGCGCUGGAGGCCUUGUGGAGACCAGCCCCCCCUCCUCGCCUCCCCUCACCCCCCAGAUGAGGAAGCGGAGGCUGUACAGCGCCGUACCUGGACGCACCUUCAUCGCCACCCGGUCCCACGUCCCGCAGGGUGUGGGCGAGAUCCAGCUGCACCGCGGAGAGAGGGUCAAAGUCCUGUCGAUCGGGGAAGGAGGAUACUGGGAGGGAACCGUUAAAGGAAGAACGGGAUGGUUUCCUGCCGACUGUGUUGAAGAAGUCCAGAUGAGACAAUACGACCCCCGACUCGAAACGAGGGAGGACCGCACCAAGAGACUGUUCAGACAUUAUACUGUAGGAUCAUACGACAAUUACACCUCCUACAGUGACUAUGUGAUCGAGGAGAAGACGGCCGUGCUGCAGAAGAGAGAGAGCGAGGGAUUCGGCUUCGUCCUCAGAGGAGCUAAAG